CCAGUGGUGCGAAGAGUUCCGCUUCGACCAACCGUCCAGAGUUUACAUCAUUCUGAAAUGGAUUCUUACUGUCUGCGGUCAUUGGAAAGUAAUCUCCGCAAAGAACGCCAUCCAGACGUUAAAAGGACAGUACACAACGUACCCCGCAAUGAGACGCGGGACGAGUUCAUGUCAAGACACUUGGAGGAAUUAGAAAGUAAUGGGACUGGAAUAUUCACAGCUAUGAAAAAAAGGGGACCAGACCAGAUCCAGUGGCGGUGUGAAAGAGGUAAUAAAUGUAAAGGGAAGUCAAACGGAGAGCCCAUGACCACAAGGGCCAACAGUUGUGGAGCCUAUGUUUCAUUUACAUUUGUGAGCAAAAACACCUUCAACAACUGCAUUGUGCGCCUAAUGAACAAGCACUCGGGACAUGACCUCGGCAAUCCUCAGGAAGAUCGCUCAAAUCAGAUAGACAGCGAUUUGAUUGCCUAUAUUCAUACCUGUUUUCAGCUGGGAGAUUCAAAUGCAGAAAUCCUGCUUAAAUGCAAAGAGUGGGCGAAGGCCCAGGGGAACAAGGAUCACACAGAUCGAAGCUACUUUGUUACCCCUAAGGACAUUACACUGUUAAAAAAGAACUUUCAGUCACAGACCAGAGUGCAUGUCAUCGGCAAUGAUAGUGUUGCUGUCGAUCAUCUGGUCAAAACAGAGUUAAAAGAGAGUGUAAUUUUCUAUCAGACUCUUUCACAUAGUAAGAAGAAGCCACUGAUUAUUGUUUUAAGCUCACCCUGGCAAAUUCAACAGUUAAAAAAAUAUGGCCCUGAGAUGAUAUAUCUUGACGCUACAUACAAGGGUAUUACACAAUAUGGAUUUGUAUUAUAUGCUGUUGCCAUCAAAUCGGACCAUGGCCGGGGUGUCCCUGUUGCUUUUUUCAUCUUGAGCGAGGAAUCAUCAGAAUACUUGUCACUAUGUUUGCAGAAGCUGCAAGAGGCUGCCAGUCCAUUUCAUCCAAGGUACAUCAUGAUUGACCGUGAUGUGAAGGAGAUUGAGGCAAUACGCAACGUGUUCCCACAUGCAAAAAUACUGUUAUGUUGGUUCCAUGUUCUCCAGGCUGUUCAUCGCUGGAUGCUGCGGCAGGAGGGUUGCAACAAGAACCCAGAAGUACGUUAUGAGGUCAUUAGGUCAAUGAUCCUGCUGAAACAGUGUGCACUUGCAACUGACUUCACUGAAAAAGCCAAGGAGGUCACAGAGAAGCUUGAUGCAAUGACUGGCACCAAAACCAUCUCCACAUAUCUGCAAACACAGUGGUUCCAACAUGCAGAGAUGUGGGCCAAGUAUGGACAACGCCUUUUUUAUCAAAGCAACAAAACCAACAACUUAGUGGAGAGCAUCAAGUAUCAGUUUCCUCGAGGAUAUGCUAACAGACGUCUUGAUGAACUGCUUCUACUCCUGAAUAAAAAAGUUUUCAACUACUGCAGCUACAUGGACGACCUCCACGGUGCUGACCUGAUUCCAGACUCCAGGACACAAGACACAGUGGAAGCUGCAUCCAGCAUGAAGAGUGCAGGGUUGCUUCACAAAAUUAUGGUGAAGGAAGCUGGUCUGUAUUCAGUUCCUUCUGAAGUUGAAGGAAAAUACUAUCAUGUUGAUGUCGUCACGAUGCAGUGUCAGUGUGCUGUUUCCACCAGAGGUAAUCUGUGCAAGCACAUCCUUUUGGCCAAAGAAAAAUGCCAAGAAGUGGGUGCUGAUAUAGAUGACCUUAGAAAGGAGGUGGCAAGGUCACUAUUUGAACAACAAAGUUACGAAUGGGACGGAGAGCAUCUGAUUGUACAUCAUCAAAAUGACUUUGGGGUUGUUAGUGCGCAAGCUAAACAGUGCACAUGUCUUGCUAAUAGCUUUCAAGAAAUCUGUGUGUGCCUCAGACUUUCAGAGAGACUUCUGCAAGACAGUUUGCCAGAGGAAUGUGGCAACCAGUUGAUUGAGAGCACCACUGUCGGUGUAAGCCCAUCAGAAACUGUGAAAGAUAUGAUCGCGGAAUUGCACGAGUGGUGUCAGAGCAGUGAUUACGAAGAAACACCUGCAAUACUUUCUGCAGUUAAAAAGGCUCACCAGUUAGCAUUUGGGCAGUACACCAGUAACGUGAGGAAAAGAAAAAUCUAAAGGCUGCAUGGAUAAAGGUAUAAAAAAAAAUGCAAAGGAAAAGUGCGAACCACAUGCAUUCAUUCCAUAUGACAGGAAAGGCCUGAUGCAAAAUUCAUAAUUUGUUAUUUCUAAAGAACAAUGUGAGGUAGGACACGGAGAAAACAAAGGUCUAUUGAAAUAUAAAUGUAGGCAUAGGGAGGGUGUGUUGUGUCCCCCUUUAAUGUCUAAUCUUCUUGUAAUGUUUAAUAUGUCAUACUAAUAUUCUACCUACCUACUGCUACCUUUCGCUCCCUGUUUAAUUUUAAAAAAGAUGAAUGCACUCAGGGUGAAUUACUACACAUGUAUUGACUACCAGAUGUAAUAAGGGAAUUGAUGCUGGUGGAUUUCCUCAAUACUGAAGACCAAUAAGAGCUAUGUGUACCAUAACAGAAAUCAAGCACACAGACAUGCUGAAAUAGAGAGAAAUAUAUAACUCAUUUUUAUACUGAAUGUCUGGCUGUGUCUUAUGUCUACACUGUUCAAUAAAGUUGUGAACCUCCA